CGGCGACGGGUGUGUGGCGGCGCGGGCGGCGCCCGGCGCGGUCGUCGACACGCUCCGCCGCUGCAGUUGCAGUCGGCUCGCCCCGGCCGGCGCGGCUGACCGCGCCAGUCGCCGCCAGUACGCCGCGACCACUCGCCCGCGCAACACCGCGCCGGCGUCGGAUGUGUCGCGCGGCCGCUGCAGCGCGGACUUGUUGCACGUGGGGCGAGCACGUGCGCGUGCACGCGCCGGCAUGCGCCUCUAGGGGGAGCAUGCGGCUGCCGCUGCUGCCUCUCUUGGUCCUCGUUCUCGCUCGCCCGGCGGCAGCCGGGAUCUGCUGGUCGGGGAUGGAGCGCGGCGGGCGCUGCAGCUCGGUGGUGGCGCUGCGCGUGGGCCGAGCGGAGUGCUGCGCGGGCGCCGCGCGCUCGCCCGCCGCCUGGAGCCCGCGGGACCUCGACAGCGGCGAGAUCUUCUUUUACAAGGCCCUCUCUGGAGGCGUGCCUUGCACUGCUUGCGCUGAAUCAUGUGCCGGUGUGUCUUGCGGCUCGGGUCGGCGUUGCGUGGUUCGCGGUGGACGAGCGCGCUGCGUGUGCGCAGCCGCUUGCCGCCGCGUGGGCUCCGUCUGCGGCACAGACGGAAAGACCUAUCCUUCACUGUGUCGGCUGCGGCGACGCGCAUGCCGCAGGCCAGCUAAGCAUCUCAGCAUGGACUACCCUGGACCUUGUCAAGAGGGUAGCUGCGACCUAGUCCGGUGCGGCGGCGACAAACGCUGCGUUUUGGACGCCGAGUUGGGCGCGCACUGUGUGCGUUGCGGCACUUGCAACGUCGCGGGCGCGCCGGUGUGCGCUAUCGACGGCAAGACGUACGCCGGCGCGUGCGCAUUGCGGAAGGCGGCUUGCGAACGCGGCAGGGCGCUGCCGCUCGCCUACAGAGGAUCUUGCAUAGCGAACGCGACAUGCGCAUCAAUAUCAUGCGGCGCGGGUCAACGCUGCGUGGAGGGGGGGGCAAGCGGGGCGCGGUGCGUGUCGUGCGGGUCGUGCGGGGGCGGCGCGCGGCGGCAGCUGUGCGGGACUGACGCCAGGACCUACUCGUCCUGGUGCCGGCUGCAGAGGGCCGCCUGCCACGCCGGCAGGGUUGUGGACCCUCUGCAUCCUGGGCCUUGCAAAGGCACUAAAAACAUAACGGACAACAGCGUGGCCCGUGAGCGACGCAAGGACGACAUCGACACACGCGUCCUAUAGUCAUAGACAUAGAUUUAGCGCAGUUUAGCUUUGUAGGUUCGGCACGCGGCGGUCACUCUGUGCCGGAUAAAUAUAUUUCAACCGUAGACAGACAAACACUUCGUCAUAUGCCUAUUACAAAUACACGAGAAGAAACGAGGCAGAGCGAUAAUAACUUUUGGGCCUCUUCUCAUGUACACGGUUUUAUAACGCCCAAUCUGCCGCUUUGCAUGAGAUGAGCCGGGAAGUUGUAUUGAAUAAUUCUAUCCUACUCGUAUUUGGCUUCGCUAACUCGUCAUCUUCUGGUUUUCUUUGCCUUUGAGGUAGUAUAUUAAGCUAUCUAAAAUUAUCACAAAUUCGCCGAUAUUGUCGUUACAUAGAGUUUAAUAUUGCAUCCUGGAUAUUUGGUAAAAAAAUCUGUAGAAAAUUGUUUUUUUUUUUGACAAAGUUAUCCAUCCACGACUCAAUACAUAAGUGGCAUCUAUCAGAAUGAAGACCGCCGCGCAGUCAUUCUCGUGCCAGGUUAACCGAAACAAUUCAAACAUUUCUUAGUUAACGUAGAUUUAGAUCAAUCUAUUGAGAUGCACGUUUUUCAAACUUUGUAGAUAAAUAAUAAUUCUAUAAUAGUUUUUUAAUAAUUAUUAACACUUACAUUAUUAAAUUUGAGCACCAAAUCGUACUUAAUAUUUAGUCAAAAUAUUUCUAGGGACUUUGUAGUUAGCACAAUAUUUGGAACCUUAGAAUAUUUAAUAAAAUUCUAAUUUCUAGUUGUCAUUCUGACACUCGGAAGCUUAUAAUUGAUGAAAAUGGAUUAACAAUUUCAUCGGACUGACGUUGUUCUUAAAAUUUGAUUAACUCUAGUACUUUAAGACUUAAUUUUACUUCACGGAACGUGGAUAACGCUUAAUGCAAUAUUUAUUAUUAUUAAGUUACAAAUAUGAAGUUUAGUGCAAUAAUUUUAUUGAAAAUUGUAUGAAAUUUAUGUUACAUGUUUUGUUUUGUUUGUUUAAAAUUGAAUCGAGUUUCGCAUAAGUCAAAUUUAAUUCGGAAUUAUGAAGAGUGUUAUCGGAUACGUUUUCAGUAUUACGUGUGUGUAAGAUUUUAGAAUAUCUUUAUUUUCGAAACAUUUUACAUUGGAAAUUAAGUGAUCUUUAUAGACUGUAGAUAAAAGUAAUUUAUUGUUACUUAUAAAUCAUUUCCAAAAUGUUUUCCAAUAUUAUUUGUAUGUGAGUUUACAUUUGUGUGGUGAUGUAGAUUUCUUGGCGUCCUUCUUAGCUUUAAUUAAAUAUUUAACAUGUUUCAUUCGUCUGUACUUAUAUUUCUUUGAAUACUUAAUUGUUAACAUGUUUCAAUCUUCAGACAUAGUCUAGCUAGGAAGUGUAAUAAUAUUGUUUAGAAAACAACUUAUACAAUCAUAAGGUCGUUCUUCUUCCGUUUGCCCGAAUCGGUUUGUUCCCAUUGAAUCACACCGCGAUUUGUAGCCCUGCUACACAUCGGGAGAAAAAAUAUAUAGUAAGGUUACAAAUCGCGUUGUGACUCAAUGAUGACUUUACUCAUUGUUUUGUUCCUAAUUAAAUCAAUAAGGUGUAGACCACUUCUAAAUUGUUUUCAUGCACUCUUGAGUGACUCAACCUAUUAUCGAUUGACUUACAAAUUAACUGUAGACUGUGUUUUGUCUUAAAUUUUAUUAUUUCCUAAUUUUUAACAUGCAAAAGUUACAUGCCUUUACUGUUUGCCAAGCCAAGGAAGUUAUGAAUGAACCUCGCUUAUUUUAAUUUCAUGACAAGUUACUAUUUGUAAUAAAGUCCAAAGAUUCUAAAAUUGCAGAUACGUACGUGAAGCCAAAAUAUGAAGCGUGUUUUUAGUUUAUAGAGGCCGUAUUUGGUAUUCGUAGUCAGUCGUUGCUCUGUCAAUGAACGAGCCUACAACUAUAACUGGGUGAUAUUUAAUUAUUGUGCGAGUGAGAGGCAAAACUCUUUUCACCUUCUCGAUUUAGGAGAGCAACGCAAAAUUAAGUUUAUACACACAGCUUUUUUGUGAUUAUGCGAACAAAUUGAAAGUCAUGUAUGUAACAUUUUAUUCUUAUUACAUGGUACCAAAACGGCCUAAAAACUUGAUGUUAUAAAAGUGGAUAGUUUUAUUUAAUUUUGUAUGGACGUCUGGCUCCUGUCAAUUACUUCUUAGUGCUAAUCAAGUUGUUAACUGUAUUGUAUCUGACUAUAAUAAUACUAAAUUGUUGUAGUUGAACUCAUUGCAAACCUAGAUGUAUAAUAUAUUGUCUUUGUUUCUUCAUAAAUAUUUUACACUGA